AUGGAAAACAUCCCACCUUCCUACGAAAUCGCAGUAGCGAGAAACCCAUGGGGACUCAUAGCUCCCUACAUACCCUCUCCCGAACUGUGUGCCCUCAAUAGAGUCAAUCAUGAAUUGCACCACGUCUUCGCUCCAUGCCUGUGGGGUAAUCCCGCGUCACAUUUUGGAACGGAGAAUGAUAGGGUCUAUGUCGCCCUGACACGCUUCAAAAGGAUCCUGAAACGGGUACGCCUGAGCGUGAGGGAACUCACCCAUACUCUGCAUCUCCCUCCUGCUCAGUCAGAGCUCUAUGACGGACCUCACCCUGAAUGGCUUCGCGAUGUCCUGGAGCAGCUGCCAAACCUCCAAUCCCUCGUCGUCUCGCGGCUCCCCUUUUUCGAUCAUAUGGCAUUGCUGGCAUUACGAAGCUACAGCGACAGCCGCCGACCUUCACUUGGCGGUCCAGAUCCUACGUUCGCACUUCGGCUCCUCAUAGCUGGAAGCUGCCAGAAUACUACAUCGCAAGGGUUGACGGAGGGUCUGCACCAUUUCCCGAACCUCGCCUUCCUAGACCUCUCCGAUACACCAGCAGCAAGAGAUAAGAACUUUCUGUGGAAGUUGGGGCAUCUACCACUAUUGCAGGUAUUGAAGUUACGGAGUGUGCAUUUGAGAGACGAAGACGUCGAUAUUUUAGCUGAGGCUAUAGGUCUCAAAGUUCGAAGCCUCGAUGUUCAAGGCAAUCACCUCACAGACCACAGCGUUCGGACUCUUCUGGUUUCUUGCUUCCAAGCUGAAAAUGAUACUAAUGGGUCAUCGAAUGGGAGACCACGCGCCAUUUCAAAUCUGGCGGUGGAAGACUGGCCUUUAGGGUUUGUGCGACCUGAUCCUGCGGUACUCGAUGAGUUCAAAGACGAAAGCUACGAUGAGCGCUUCGUUCGGCGCUUGACUUCCGGCGUUAUCAGUAGACUGCCAUACGAGGACAUGCCUCGUUCCGGAAUUACCCAUCUUUACAUCGCCAACAACAACCUCACAGUGGAAGGUCUAGCGGCCUUGAUUCGGUCAGGAAAGCUGCGUGUCCUCGAUGCAGGCUCUGUGAAUAAAUUUGUGCAUGGACCUGUGUCGGAGGCAUCCCCAUCACUUUCCCCAUUCGAUGCUCGUCACAUCCGGCUGCCAGGAGUGGAGAAGCUUACGCCGAUCCUGAGCAAGCAUGCCCAAGAAAUGACCUCGCUACGACUUCAUCAUGCGGUCAUUACCAAAUAUGCUCCACUCACAGACGAGCGCUCACCUGUAGCUCCCUGCGAGCUCGGUGCAGGAAAGACUCAGCAUGAAUUGAGCGGACCAGUGCCAAGUGAGCUAGAUGCAGCAGUGUACGAGUUGGAUGCAACACCACCACUCUACGAACUGGAUAUACAUGUUCCACAGCCACGGUAUGAGUUGCCCGGAGACUCUACGCAUUUCUACGUCUCUCCACCGAUCGGCGAUAAACCUACUCUUAGUAAAGAAGAAAGCCAGCCCGAGGCCAGACGUGGAAGCGUUUUCGCACCGGAACCGCUGGAGCCUGAGGAAUCUGACGAAGACGCCGCCCCAGUGCUCACAGCAACGGGAUUAGGCUCGGUUGCGCAAGCUGUAAAUGGCAUGAAAGGUCCAAACCAAGCCAUGAGUGUAACGAGCAAUGACCGAGUCGGCACUGGUAAACAAAGUUCACAAAUGCGGACUGCACUAAUUGAGAAGCAACGACAAGAGCUUCGAUCGAGUCGGCUCGACAAACCUCAUGGUUUGAUACCAGGAAUGCUGCCAAAGCUUCGAACCUUCACUUUGACCAACGUUCCAUGUGUUGACAGUACCGGACGAGUGAUUGAUGCCCUAAUUCAAUUCAUCAAGGAUUGUGCCUCAGAAGCUGAGCUUGCCAACCUCCAGGCUCGCCUUGAAGUGGACCCUGUACGCAAGCCAGGGGAGCGUUACUCAAAGCACAAUCGCCAUACUGCCCGAGAGAUCUUUGCACUAAGACAGAUUGCACUUGAGAUGGCUCCAGCAGUAUCUCCCAACGCUCCCAACACAACGUCAAAGCUUGUCAACAGGACCAGGUCAUCCACGGAAGAUGCAGACAGUGAAGCAUUCUGGUCCGCAGCUGAAAAUGAUUUCACCUUCUUUGACAAAGAUGAAGAAUGCGGCCUGCCUUCUAUAGACACUGAUACUUACGUUCCCGACUCAGCAUUAUCCGAAAAGAUCAUGAUGCCAGCGGAUGGCGUUCAGCCGGACAGUCUGCCAAAACUGGAAACAACCGAACGCAAAGACGCGCCUGUUGAUGUUGUGCAGGAGCUAAUCAAGUUUAGAAAGGGGAAAAAGGUAGCUUUUGAAGAAGCGGUACAGAGGGGAUUAUUGCACGUCGAUGGGUAUUGGCCUGGUGAGGUUAAGGUCGUGAGAGGGCAUCACACAGGCGGCAAGAUGGACUACUAUGGAAAUCAUUUCGAAAAGGGAGGAGUUUAUCGAUGA